AACGUGUGGUGGCCGAACAUCACUCCUCUGUUUUAAAUUUCAAAAAAUCAAUUUUUUACUUCUCACUUUCAUUUCUAGUAAAACAGAAAUCGAAGGUCCGAUGUUGGUUUAUCGUAGAGCCGAUCGUCCCACACAUUCGUUUAUAAUAGCCAAUCGUCAUUCUAGGCAAGACUUUAUUGAGCCAAUUUCUCCGACACUUCAGCUCUGCUUGAAAUCGUCCUAUAUAAUGAUGAAUAAACCGGAAGAUAAGGAGAUAUUCGGAAUUUGGAUUUGCGAUACGACUGACUGUGAGCGAAUUUAUAAGUUGCUUCAAAAUUUAGUGGCAGAAUGCGCAAAAUCGCCUCCUCAAAUGAAAGCCUCGUCGGAAUCCCCAAAUUUACUUGAUCUUUUGUCUCACUCACCGGAAGGCCAAGAUAGUGCCAGAAACCACUCAUCUACAAGAGUUGCUAGAAGUGCUGAUGUUGUUUUAUUUAGAAGUUGCUCUUUGUUUUUGUCUUGA